AUGACACUGAUGUCUGAAAUCACUUCAUGGCUUCAAACACAACAUGCAGACUUCUACAAGGGAGGUUCCCACAGGAAGCAAGAUUCUUUAAGAAUAUUGACCCUCCUCCUGUUGUGUGUUAUUACUUUCUCCUCCUGCUUCAGGCAUGACGCGCGCUCCAACCUGGCGUCCUGGGGAGGGCACGCAGAGGUCAUCGAGGUCCUGCUUCAAAAAGGCGCAAAUGGGAAUGCAAGGACCAACGAAGGCAUGACGGCAAUCCACCUGGCGAGUAUGGGGGGCCACGUGUCCUCGAUGGAGGCGUUGGCGCCCACGUGUGACAUCCUUUUAGUCACUCGCGAUGGGAAGUCGGCGCUCCACCUGGCGGCCGAGUACGGAAACUUAGGCGCAGUCCAGUGGCUGCAUCUGCAAGGGCUUGCCACUUCUUUAAAGGAUCAUUCAGGCCAAACUCCUCUCCAAUACGCGAAGGACGAGGGACACAAGAAGGUGAUGGAUUUCCUAAAACGUCUUGACCAACAGACCCUCAACCAGCGUCGCGUAAAGCAACGUUCACCAGAAGCACUUGCACAGGUACACACCUUUGGCUUGCAUAUAUGUAUAUGUAAACAUGCAUAUAUUCAUAUAUAUACAUAUAUAAUUAUAUUUAUAUAUGUCAGUGCUGGUCCGAAGCCCGGAUAAAAUAGAGAGAAUGAUUACCUAUAA